CAUUAUAUAAAAAGGUCACAUUCAGUUAAAAUUACGUUUUACAUUUAUUCAGUAUUAAUAAAAUAACGUCAAAAUGGUGAAAGCAAAAGUUUACAAAUUGGUAAAAUAUUUUGAAGGGUUUCCAAAAAAAACCGAUUUGGAGUUAGUGGAAGAGGAGCUGCGGCCAAUUGAAACUGGAGAAUUUUUGGCUAAAGCGAUAUAUCUUAGCGUUGAUCCUUAUAUGAGAAUUUUUUCAAAAAAUUUGUCCCUUGGUCAAACAAUGAUCGGAACUCAAGUUGCCAGAAUUAUUCAGAGUAAACACUGUCAUUUUCCCGAAGGAAAGUUGGUAGUAUUGAAUUCUGGAUGGAGAACAUACACCAUCUCAAACGGGAAAGUUUCGGAUGGACACCCAGAACCAUAUUUGACCCCUGAUAUCGGCGACUGUUCACCAUCAGUCUGUUUAGGCGUACUUGGCAUGCCUGGGAAUACUGCAUAUUUCCUAUUUCUGAAAUUAUGUAAUCCAAAUCCUGGUGAAACGGUUGUGGUAACAGGUGCUGGAGGAGCGGUGGGGAGCAUUGCUGGGCAAAUAGCUAAGAUAAAAGGUUGCACGGUUAUUGGAAUUGCUGGUACUGAGAAAAAAGGUGAAUGGAUAACGAAAGAGCUGGGCUUCGAUCAUUUCAUAAACUACAAGACAAAAAAUAUUGAUGAAGAAUUAAUCAAACUUGCGCCGCAAGGAAUUGAUUGCUUUUUUGAUAAUGUUGGUGGUAAAAUUGCCUUGAACGUUAUGAAACAUAUGAACCUACAUGGAAGAGUAGCACAAGUAGGAUCGAUAUCUUCCUAUAAUGAGGUUAAUCCUGUGGACUAUAGUAUCGAAAUCGAGAGAAUAGCGAAAGAAAAAGAGUUGAAAGUGCAAAGCGGCUCAGUGUAUAGCAACACUCAUCAGUGGUUAGCUGGUAUUUAUCAAUUACAAGUAUGGAUGUACCAAAACAAAAUCAAAUAUAGAGAAACUGUAACCGAAGGUUUUGAUAAUAUGUUCGAUGCUUUCCUGAACAUGUUACAUGGUGGUAAUAUUGGGAAGGCAAUUGUCAAAGUAUGAAGUAAAAAAGUGAUUGAUUUCACACUAUUCCUUAUGUGUUAGAGUGUACGAUUUAAGCAGUAGUAUUUUGCUUUUAUCUUUAAGCUGAUUUUUCACUUGUAUGAUAGAAAUAAAUAUUUAAAAAUA